ACGUAACGUGCGGGGAGUUAGGCAAUUCCGAGUUACGGAAGUUUACGAACGAAUUUCGCGCGCUCGGGUAUUUUAUUUAAUUUUUUUUUUGUGAAAUAUUAUCACUGUGGAUUUGUGAUAAGUGAUUUUUUUUGCUUAUGUUAGUGCAGUUUGGAUUUAGCCUUAUUUGGUACCUGUUGUGUUGUGACAUGGAUCGUAUGAGGAUAACCGACUUAGGAUUUGUAUUCUUUAAAUGAAGAGUUAAAGGGCAACCUAUGGAGAGUCCCACAAUAGCAGCAACGAUAACUGAAAACGGUGAUCGGACUGCUACGGGUCAGUCAUCGUCCGAUACUAGAGAAAACAGUGGUGGUGUCGAGACAAUGAUGUGGGAUGCCGCAGGUGAUGAUUGCGAUUGUCUUGGUCCACCGCCAGAGUUCUUGUUACCACCGCCUCCGCGACCUCCUUCGUUGCAACCACUUUCCGAUCCCGAUCUCUUUUGUAAUGAGGAUCCUCUUAAUAUGGAGGCAUGCGAUGCACUUCCGCUUAUAGACGCUAGCUACCAUAGUAGUCCUUCUUCCCAGACCGUGGCUGUGAUAGUUUUGUGUUCAGUGUUACUCGGACUACUAGUUUUCAUUGCUGUUAUCCUAGUGUGGAAAUACAAAAGGGUACAAAAUUUUCUUCCCUGUAAAAACACUCCUCAAAACAAUUGUGAUGGAGGGCCAUCGACCGGCCUUUAUGAAGACUUAAAUGAAGUGAUGCCCAGGCAUACCACGCCACAUCAUCAUCAGCUUACUGGUGGGCAUAUUGUAGCCCCGUCUAUUGAAAUGAUAGAUGUCAAAAACAACGUCCACUUCCCAAGCGGCUACCCUAUCAGUCAACAUCCUCCAGUAUUUCUAUGUUCGUCUCCGGGACCAGAUCCAUAUUGUUCUCAGGACCUCUAUAAUCCCGUAUAUGAAGAGCUGAGUGAUCCUGAUACCGACAUGGAGAGGCAUGGGGGUCACAGUGAGGACGAGUUUGCGGAGGACGAGCUGAGUUUAGCGGGAGAGAUGGAGAGACGGAGGUUAGACAUGCCACCUCCCGUGUAUCGACAUACCGAUUCGAUACGAAGGGAGAUACCGAGGUUUAGGAGGCCACAUGAACCGUUGCCUCCUUUGCCUUAUAAUAAGAGAAAUAGAGGUUUAGAGCGUAGACGCCAAGAGUUCCAUGAAGGUAUGCUCCUAGAUGCCCUCCUCCAACUGUAUCCCAGAGUGGGUAGCAUUGAGCCUCCGGCGAGUCACCCGAGGCGUCAAAUACCCAGUAUCACCCAAAGAAUCCAGAAUAUGGGACAGACGCCGAGUCCAUAUGAAACGGUGCCGGUAAUUAGCCAUUUGGCUACGUUCCGACCCGUUCCGAAGCCAUAUUCACAAGAUUCCGCUUUGGGGUCGGAUUCGGGCUACAGCAAUCACACGGUCAAUACGAGUAGGGGCUCAAAUAGGGGCCGUAGAGAAAAUAGGAGACAAUCGCAAAUUAGUGCGGACCUAGCUUUGACGUAAUGAUAAUGUCGUUUAGUGGUUGGUGUACUGUUGUUGAAAAAUUGUUUCUAUUGUGAUAUGAAUGAGUCUAUGUUUGCGAGCAGUGGAUAAUAGAAGGUAGUAAACAGUAUUGUAUACCUUUGUAGAUUUUUUUGUAAAUGACUUUUUAUCUCAGGUUUUUACAAUUGUUUUGCACUUAUUUUAGAUGAAGAAAAUAUUUAAUAAUUAUCUUUUUCCCAAUUGCUGUUUUAUUUUACAAUAUGUCAAUUACAGUAAAAUUUAAUUUUUCAUAGUAUAUUAAGUCUGUAUUGGCCAGUGUUUAUAUUAAAUAUAGUAAAAAUUAUGUUUAUGUUGAGAAUUAAAGACCACCGAAGAAAAGUAAUAUGGGUCACAAAACCAAAGUUUUGAGUAGAAUCAGUUUAAAUUGUUCUGAAGGUACAUUCGAAUUUUUUAAUUUUUUUGUUAAUGUUUUCUAUUGUUAUUGUUUUGUUGAAAUUACAACAAGAACGAAACUAAAACUAAGAGUUGCAGUAAUUCAUAAUUGGGCGGGUUUCAGAUGGAUACUUUGGUAAAUAAUAUUUUUUCAGAUGAUCCGAAUGUGAUCAUUCUAACCAGAGAAAAGUUCGACAAAAUCUUUGGAAUUGAUUAAGCCCAUAUUACAAUCAUAUACCAUGUAGCUAUGUCCUCUAAUUGACAAGACUAUUUUUACUUAGGAAUGUCCUACGUAUGGACAACAUAAUGAACCAUUCGGAACAAUAUAGGUAUAAUUUAUGUCUGUCCAUAAUACAAAUCACAAGCUCUUAAGCUUCAGCAUUCAAUUCAUUGAGGAUGCAAUGAAAAAAAAAGAAGAUACUUCAUCUCUUUCUUAUUUGGCUACUGUUUCGAAAAAAUGCUUUACUACUAGCUAAAACGUGAAUAAUGAAUAAGUAGAAUGCUUCUUAUAGUGUACCUUAUUAGUGUUAAGGGUUGAUAGUGGUAAGUUUUUUUGAUAAUUCAUGGCAAUGGCUUUAAUAUGACGGUGUUUUUCAGCUCUUUUGCGUUCAGAUCGUUUCCUCUUAUAAAAUAUCUUAGUCUUUUUAAGAUGAACUUGAUACAUAAUUAAUAUCUAGUGCAGAUAAAUUUGAAGACCGUGAAGGAUAUGCUCUUUUUGCCUUAUACUCAUCGCAAUUGCUGGCUAACUAUGUUAAAUUUGUUUAAAAAGAUGCAACGAUAUUAUGCAUAUUAAAUUAACCUCGUUGGAUAUAUUUUUUUAAAUAUCUGGAACAUUUUUGAAUGGUUCACUCUUCUGAUAGGUCGAUUUUUUUAGAUAUUUGAAGGUAUUUUUACCUGUCUUUUAAAGUGGCUAAACUAGGGUAUGUCAGUGAUCAAACCAACUACCGUACAAUCUCGCUACUGCCUGUUAUUUGUAAACGUCUAGAGUCAUUGUGGAAAGAUCAAUUUAUUACUUUCUUUAAGACUAACAGGGUCACUGAUUGUCUACCUUUAAGUGAUCAAAUAUGAGCAUAGAAAGCAUAGUAGCUUCUUGAUCUCUGAUUAAAAGGUUAAAACCGACCAUAUUCACUAACAUGUCAUGUCCAUCUUAAACAAGCUUUUGCUAAAUAUUUAGAAGACGCUUUGCUGAUAUUUCAUAAAUGAAAGCAUUGCUUGGUAUCAAAAUAAAGUUUUCUAUGUUACCACUUAUCCCAUGGACCUUAAAACAAAUGAACUACUGCAAAUCAAGUAUAAUUUAAGAGUAAUUAACAGUUAGCCUAUACAGGGUGUCCCAGAUAAAAGGAUAUACAUGGGGAUUUCGUAAACAGAGAUAUAAAUUCGGUUAAAUAGGGAAAAACUUGAUAUUAAGAUUCACGAUAUCUAUAGAGGUUUUUAAAAUAUAGGGCUAAACCUGCAAUAGCAUCACCAUCUUGAAUCCGUUGUUGGGUGGUCUACUAUGACUAAUCGACUGAGGUUAACGAUAUUUUUCCAGGUAUUUUAGAUUUUUUGCAUCCAUAGUCAACUUUGUUAUUUCUUAUAAACACCAUUUUGGAUUUAUAUAUCAUUAAGUAGCACGUAAACAUACCUUUCAACCAUGUAUAACAACCCGAUUUUGAUAUAGCGAAAAAUCUAAAAUUUAUUCAAAAAACAUUUUUUCCACUUAAUUGGCUGUGAAAACAAAGGCUGCUAUUCAAUUUUUUUUUUUAAUUCAAAUAAGAAAAUCAUUUCAUUAAUAUGAAAAUUAAAUGUGAAAAAAUUGAAACAACAAUUAUUUCUCAACUUACAACGAUAAAUAAAAUUAAACAAAUAACAAGACCUCAAUUUUUGUUAAUACACAAUGUACGCCUCGCAAUCAUAGUCAAACAAGCAUUUUUGACAACUUGUCGUGGCACUUCUUGAAUCGCUUAUCGAACGGCUGCUUCAGGUUUUUCCACUGUAGUAUGAUUAGUGUAAUACACUUUAUCUUUUAGGUAUCCCCAUACACAGAAAUCAAGGGUUAUUAAAUCAGGUAAGCGGGCAGGCUACGCAAUAGAACCUCGAUUUCCUUAUUAUUUUUAUAUUGUUCAUUUAGAUAAUUAGAAAUAAUUGCAGAAUUGUGUGCAGAGGCGCCAUCUUGUUGGAACCACAUGUUGGCCAUGUCAACUCUUCUAAACUGGGACCUGUGUAAUUUUCAAGAAUUUCUAAGUAUCUUGGUUCUAUUAGGUUAUCAUUGAAAAUGGGAAAUAAAAGUUGUCCAUUUAAAAUACCUGUCCAAACAUUAAGUCCCCAUCUUGCUUGAUGGUGAACUUCGCGGUUUGUAGAUGGAUUUUCGUCGGCUCAAUAAAUAUUAAUAUGUCUAUUAAAGACACCACAAUUUGUAAACUUGGUUUCGUCCAACCACAACACUUUUACAGGAAAUCUAGGAGAUUCCUGGCAUUUUUUGAGGAACCAGUUGCAAAACACUGACCGACUGUUUAAGUUUCCUUCUCGAAGUUCCUCACUAAUGUGCUCAUGGUAUGAGCGGUAUUUAAACUUCUUGAGAACUCGUUGGGCGAUAGUUUUAGAUAAUUCCAUAUUAGCUUUGAUUUGCUGAAGCUAUGUGCGCUGAUUUUCCAGGACACUUUGUAGUACUAAAUUUUCGUCGCUUGGGGCUUUUUAAACGAACCAAUAAAUUAUCUCUCAUUCUACUAAAAGUCAGUAAACUUGGUUGUCUAAUCUAAUUCCUUCUAAUCCCUUUCUAAUAAACCCUCAUUGUAUAUUUCCCUCGCUCGUUCAGCAUUACUGCGACAUAAUAUCAAGUAAUCAUAUAAAUCUACCUUUUCUCUAUUUAUAAAUCUGAUCUUUCCAUCUGAAACUUAUUGUUAAAUAAAAAAAGUUUAUCAUAAUAACGAAAUUUUUUACGUUUUUUAAAACAUUUGAUUAAAAUAAAUCUUAAGAAAAUCAAUUAAAAAAUAAUUAUGCAAAAUGUCAAACCUAAUACAAUGAUCAAUAAUUUCAAAAAUAUCACAAUUAUUUAAAAAGUUUGACAGAGCGAUGGCAUCACCAUAAUAAAAAUCACGACAUUUGUUUUUACAGCCAAUUAAGUAAAAAAAUGUUUUUCUGAAUAAAAUUAUAUUUUUCACCAUAUUAAGAUAGGGUUGUUAUCCAUGGUUAAAAAGGUAUUUUCAUCUGCUAUUUAAUGACGUAUAAAUCCAAUAUGGUGUCUAUAAAAAAUAACAAUGUUGACUGACUAUGGGUGCAAAAAAAACUAAAAUGCUUAUAAAAAUAUUGUUAGCGUCAGUCGAUUAUUCAUCGUAGAUAACCCAAAACUACCAAAUUUCAAUAAAAUCGGAUUCAAGAUGGCGACGAUAUUGCAGGUUUUCUAAAAACCAAAUUUUUGCAUUUAGCCCGAUAUUUUAAAUACCCUCGUAAAGGGUGUUUUUUUUAGCGGAGAACUUUAAAUUGAAAUUAAACACAAAAUAUUUUAUUGAUAUUAACGAAUUUGCUUUUAUAUUAAAGAAUUUUUUUUGGCAUUAGUAUUUAAAAAUGAUUUCGGGCAUGUGACUCCCACGGCUGGCGCGUACGUGGCGUAAUCUAGAGGUCCAAUUUUCACAAACUCUUUCCAGUACUGCAGGCUGUAUUUCUGCAAUCACGCGUCGUAUGUUGGCUUCCAAGUGCUCAAGUGUUUCGGGUUUAUCAGGGUAGACAUGCGACUUAACAUACCCCUAAAGAAAAUAAUCUAAUGGCGUCAAGUCGCACGAACGAGCUGGCCAGUUUACAGGUCCAUUCCUUGAAACUAUUCGUUGCUCGAAUGUCUCUUGCACUAAAUUAAUUGUUUGGCGCGCUAUAUGGCACGUGGCACCGUUCUGCUGAAACUACAUUUCUGCAACGCCUGCAACGGCUUCCAAUUGAGGCACAAAAAGUUAGUUAUCAUGUUUCUGUAUCGCUCACCGUUUACUGUAACGUUCUGACCAUCAGCAUUUCUGAAGACAUAAGGACCAAUGAUUCCACCGGCCCAUAAAGCGCACCAAACGGUUAGUUUUUCUGGAUGUAACAAUGCUAAUAGCUCGUGGAUUCUCAGCCCCCCAAAUUCGGCAAUUCUGCUUGUUUACAUAGCCAUUUAACCAAAAGUGUGCUUCAUCACUGAACAAAAUUCAUAUGAAAUAUUCAAUUUCAUAGGAAAUCGUGGAUCAACAGCAAUCUUUCCUUCCGCCCAUUUAGCUAAUGUAGGGGUUUCAACUCCUGGACAAGUUGAAUUUUAUAUGCUCGCAAUCCGAGAUCUUUGCGCAAAAUUUUCCAUAAAGUGGAUGGACAAAAGAUCACUUGUUGAGAACGACGAAGAAUUGACACAUUCGGAUCAUUAUCAACACUAUGCUGCACAGCAGCUAUCGCUUGUUGCGUGCGCACUGUACGACGUCUUACGGGAUGCGUAUUAUCGACAUUGUGAGAGUAAAAGUAUUGCGAAAACGAUCAACAGUUUCUCGAAUUAAUCUCUCUGAAGGACGAUUAUGAACACCAUAAAACUCACGUAAUGCCUGAUGUGUUUCUCGAAUAGAACCAUGUCUUUCAAAAAUAAAUUUGAAAAAUUUGGAAACGUUGCUCCGGCGUGAGUCUGUUCAUGAUGAAUUGCCAAACCAAACUAAUCUAAAAAUAACCCAGAAUUGUCAGGUCGGCUGUCAUAAAAAACAGAGUUGCCAAAGGAAAAUUCUCCGCCUCUAAAAAAAACACCCUUUAUAUAUUGUGGAUCUUAAUAUCAUUGGGGAUUUCUUUGGUUUUUACAAAAUAAGUCUUGUAAGCUAAAUAUAAGCUCUGCUUAAUCAAUACGCGACCUCAUUUCUGUAAAGCUUUCAAUGAUCGCCUUUCAAUGGUCUUGAACAGUAUUAACUUCAAAAUAUUUUAACCUUGAACGAUGAGAACUGCUAUCAGUUUCACGUGUUUGCAAUCAAAAUUUUUGCGAUAAAUUACAAACUCGGUUUUAUUUUUUCCUUCUUUAGAUACAGGUUGCACAUCACACUCGGCCAUUUUAAAAAAAUUUUGGAGAUGCGUGUGGGAAACGAAAUUACAAACCACAAUAAUUGCACGCAACCUGCUUAGGCUUAAUUGAAAAGCGAGCUGUUUCGAUGCUACUUUAUUAUACCUGUAAUGGUCAAGAGUAGGAGAUUUUAGGACUCUCAUUACUUGUGUUUAAAUCGAAUGGGCCUUCAUCUUUUUUCCCUUGUAUGGUAUAUAAAACACAUGUUUACUUCGUGGUCUCAUCUGUUUUGUUUAUAAUAUGAUAGGCCGAAAUUAGCGGCGUUUGACUGUGAUGUGACAUGUUUAUCUCAUUUUUACAUUUUUUGGACCCUCGUCUUUUUUUCCUGUGGUCUUCACUUGUUUAUAAAGGAUUCAAAUACUUAUUCAAAUCCUAAAUACAUAACUUCCGAAUUGAUUCAGCAUUCACUUAAUACGAGUAACACAUUUCCUGUAAAUCCUCCUAAGGCUAAUUUGCUGCACUUUACUUUUAUCAGAAAAAAAGUUUUAACUUAUUGUCUAAAUCGCAAAUGGCUUGAGCAUGAAGGUUGUUAAAUCGUAACUUGACGUAAACUAUAAUCAAAAAAGUGGAUUUUUAUUUUGUUAUCAGAAUAAACCUUAAAAAUUAGAUAGCGAAUCAGCCACUACUACUAAAGAGGAUUCUCUCAGAAUACCUCAUAGUUUCGCUUAAUAGAAGUUGACAAAACAAAUAAUUAAGAGUGGCUAAUCAAGGGAAGUUAGUUAUUUGUAUUCGAUAUCAAAAUAAAUUUUAAAACUUGAAAAAGGAUUCAGCCACUCGUAGCACAAGAGCAUAAAUAUUCUUUAAAUUUUAAAUUCUUAUUCAAAAUUUCCUCAUGAAUUCCUACCUUCAUAAACUGAAAUUUGACCCAGUAUCUGUUUUUGGAAGCGAGGUACCAUAUCUUGUAACUAAACGAGUUAUCUUAAUAAUUUAUUGUAUCAGUAUCUUAAAUUUCAGCAUCUGAUUCGAAUAUUUCUGUGACCAGACAUCAAAAAGUUUUCCAAUCAAUAAGUAAACUAUGUGGUGGAUCUAACUUUUUGAUAACUGAGGUUCUAUCAGUUUUGCUCUCAGAAUUGAUGCAGUAGAAUGAAAUAUAAUCCAUAUUUCUUGCAUUUUUGUAUUUACCUGCCAAAUGAUCAAUUUUUAGUAGAUAUAUAACUUCUAAGGUCGGACAUAGAUCAACUCGAUGCUCAAAUAUUUAAUAACACAGCGGAGGAUAUAUUUAAUAAACUACCACAUAUCAAUGUAAAUUUUUAACAACUAUCUACAAUGUCAUUUUUGCCUGGAAAACUUCAGCUUUCGUGAGGUUUUCCGUACGUCCAAUCUCACUGCUGCCAGUUUUUUCAACGCUUCUAGAGUUAUUGCUAAAAAAUCAAAUGGUCACUUUCUUGAAGACUAACAGCUUCUAUUGUUUGACCAAUUUGGGUCUUGAAACAAUAAAUUAAUUUACUUCGUUGGCAAUAAAUAGUUUUACUGACCAACUGGACUGGAGUGUAAACUGAAAACGUAUAUUACCUUCUAAGAUCUAAGCAAGGCUUUUGAUUGUGUUUCUUCUGAAAUAUUGUUGAAUGAGCUAUCAGGAGCACUGACCUAAUUGAAUCCUACUUAAAUGAUCAUCAUCAAUAUGUUAAAUUCCAGUAUAACCUGUCAGAACACCAACUUAUCUGGUGUAUCCCAGAGUUCCAUUCUAUGUUCUUCUUUAUUUUUAGUUUAUAUCAAUGACUUGCCAAAUAUUUCACAGAAUUCAAGUCCUGUACUGUUUGCUGCUGACACUACUUACCUGGAACACUAACACCUUUCCAAUUAUAUUCAGCAGGUAAUUCUAGACAAACAAGAGAAAACACAAUCCUAGUUUCUGGCAACUAAGCUCAGCCUCAACAACACAAAAACUUAAUCCUUAAAUUUCUUAAAAAGAUCUUCGGUUUCAGUGCUUUCGAGUAUAGAGAGGAUGAAAUUCUUGGAUAUGUAUUUGGAUCCUGGGAUGCUGUGGGAUCUGUAUAUUAGCCAAUUAUGUAGUAAACUCUCUGACGUAACACUUCUUGCUAAAAAUCUAUUUACCUAGGACUGUUUCAAGGUAAACACUUGUUACGGGCUUACGAUGGCUAUUUUGGUUCUAACUUGUCUUAUGGUAUUGCGCAGAUGUGUAAGGAUGAUGGCUGGCUUACAUUAUCGGGACUGCUGUAAGCAUUGCUUCAAUGAAUUCAACAUACUUACUUUUUCCUAUCAGUAUAAUUAUCCUUGCCUGUCUAACCUAUGUCAAAAGGCACCUGCCUCUUUUUUCAAUACAUGGCGAGAGAAAUAGCAUCACUAGAAUUAACAACCUGAUGUCAACUUUUUAUCGAGUCAAUAGAGUUAGAAGGGUGUCUGUGUGACUAUUAUGAAAUUUUUUUUUUAAUAAAUCACCAGAGCUAUUAAAAGAUGUCUAAUUAUACAUUUAUUUUAUUCAGUUCAACAACACCUCGGCUUCAAUGUUAAUUUUUGUCAUGUGUUUGAAAACGUUUUUUAUUAUCUAUUGUGUGAUUAAUUAAAAAAAACUUCAAGUUUGGUCAAAAGUCUCAAACUUAUAUUACGGUUAAUGAAUAAAUUGGUAACACGUGUUUCACUCCUAAAGGCAUCAUCACACCUGAUCAACAAAAUUUACAUUCUUUAAGAUAGCAAACUUAAUACGUGCACACGUAUUGAUUACAUAUACUGUUAGAUAUAUGAGAGAUUAUCUUUAAAAGAAUCCUGAAUGUUUAUAUCACAGACGCGGAAGAAUUAUUUGUUGAUUUCAAUUUCUUUAAGCUUGCUGGGAUUAUAAGAUUUAUUAAUAAUAACAAAGAAAGAUAUAAAAAACCAAGUUCAGUUAAUUCUUAAAAAAGCAAAAAAAACAUGUAAUAAAGAGAAAGAACAUAAAUCAAUCUUCUUACUAAAUUAACGCCUGAAAAAUUUUAUGGCAAUUCCUCUAAUCAUGUUUUUAAUAUAUUUAUAUAUUUUUAGAAUAUUUUUUUCAUAUAACGUGCAAAAUUUUUUUCAUCUAAUCUAAGUGCAUUAUAUUUUUAUCUAAUUUUGUGAUACUAAGUUACUACGAUAACUAUAAUUUACAAAAUAUUUCCUUUUAAUUAAAUGUAGGUAACUUUGCCUUUACAAUAAUAAACUUUGGAGGUAAAUAUUUUACACAAAUAUAGAGUGGCUCUAUUCUUUCUUUCUAUAAAAAUGGUGUUUUCAUAAAAAAAGAAGUUUAUGUCACCUACUCAUUAAUCCAUUAUAAUAUAACAUAAUAUCAUUCCAAUAUGUAAAUAGUAUUUUAAUUGUAGUAUCUGUAUUAUAUUAACCUCUUUGCCUUUAUGAUAAUUUGUGAAUCCAUCUACUGUAUAAAAACUGUACAUAUGUCUAAUAAUUUUGUUAUUUAUUUUGUACUAUUACUUAAUGACUAUAAGGGCGUAGCCCUAAAUAUCACUAUAAUUAUAAAACAAUCAAACAUGGUUACACUACAGCUUAUAACAAAAAUCUAAAAUUUUUGAAUGCAGGUGCCAUUUCUUUGAUGUGCAAUACUUUUUUAACAUUUUAAUAUGAAAUUUGUUUAAUACUAAACACUAAAAACACUCUGCAUUACAAAAUAUUAUUUUAAAUAGUAGGAAUGCUUCUUUAAUUAGUUACCGCCCCCUAAAAAGGCUUAAUGAUAAUUAAGUAUUUAGUGGGUCAUCUGGCCAGGUCAAUAUUGUUAAUAACAAAAUAUACUUAUAUGAUUAUACCCAAUGAAUGUUUUCACCGAUCUCAAUUUAAAUUAGCAAAAUAACGAUAUGUAGCACUAACAUAUACAUAUAUAUAAACUACCUACUUGAAAAGCCUAUAUGCAAACCAAUCAUACAUCCCCAAUAACUUUUACAUAAUGUCAUCGAUAUAUAGGAUGGCUCAUGUAAACGAUCAUUGUAUGGGCCGUCCUAUAUUUUAUUAAAUAGUAUGAUGUAUUUCGAUAGUAAUUUAAUUGAGUUUUAAAAUUUUAAGUUCUUUUUGAAAAACACACAGGGUCUGUAUAUUUAUAUUAUUGUAUUAAUUUAUUACUAAAACAUUAGAUUGUUAGAUUACUUCCUAGUCCAAACUGUAAAAAUAUAAUUUAAAACUAAGUUGUAUAAUGAUU